AUGUUGGAAUUGCUAAGGCAAAAAUUGGCUGCUUAUGCAGUGGACUUACAUGCAUGGGGCUCAUCCAAAACACAACCCCAGUCAGAGGAAAUAAAAAAGCUUCAGAAGCGGAUUGAGCAGUUAAAUGCGAUGGAGUUGACUGAGGACAGCAAAGCGGAGUUUUUGGUGGCAAGCAAAAACCUGGAUACUUUAUUGCUUAAGGAAGAGAUUUAUUGGGCACAAAGGUCCAGAAUUCCUUGGUUGAAACAUGGAGACAAGAAUACAAGGUUUUUCCAUUCAAAGGCAUCACAAAGGAAGUGGAGGAAUCACAUCCAAAGCAUAAAAAAUGCGGAGGAUGUGUGGGUUGAGGAGGAAAGUGAUAUAGCAGGGGUUGCAUUGGAGUACUUUGAAACUUUGUUCAAGGUAGGGACAUGUGAAAGGUUGGAGGAGUGUCUGAACGGGUCAAUUCAAAGAUCACUCCAAACAUGCAGCAAGUGCUAUCCAGUAUGUUCUGUGCAGAGGAGGUCAAAACAGUGUUAUUCCAAAUGGGACCAACAAAGGCGCCUGGAUCUGAUGAAUGCUCUUUUCUACCAGAAAUUUUGGCAUGUUGUUGGUGACAUGGUGGUUAAUGCAGUGUUAGAUUUUUUAAAUUCUGGUCACAUGGUGCCUGAAAUAAACUCUACAUAUAUUGUCCUUAUCCCUAAGAUUAAAUCCCCUGAAAAAAUGUCUGAUUUCAGACCCAUUAGUCUUUCGUAUGAGACACUACACAUUAUGCAUGGUAGGAAAAAAGGGAAAAGGGGUUCCCUUGUGCUUAAACUAGAUAUUAGUAAGGCUUAUGAUCGGGUGGAAUGGAGUUUUUUAAAGGGGAUUAUGAUUAGGAUGGGUUUUCCUGAAGUAUGGGUGGAUAGAGUUAUGUGUUGUGUCACUACACCUACUUAUUCUAUUCUUAUAAAUGGGAAAACAUAUGGUAACAUCACUCCAUCUAGGGGACUUCGUCAAGAAGACCCCCUUUCACCUUAUCUUUUUUUGUUGUGUACAGAAGGAUUCACAUCAUUGCUUCUUAAAGCUGAAAUGGAGAAACGAAUACAAGGUGUAUCCAUUUGUAGAGAGGCCCCAAGAAUCACCAAUUUAUUGUUUGCAAAUGACUCACUGAUUUUUUGUCAAACUAAACAAUGUGAGGUUCAGGUGAUUUCCAAGAUCUUGCAUGUGUAUGCUAAGGCAUCUGGACAAUGUAUCAAUUUGGAGAAAUCUUCAGUGUUCUUCAGUAGCAACACACCAUCAGAUCAGAAGGAUUGGAUUAAGGAGUCUUUGGGAGUGAAGGAGGUGGAUCGGUUUGAGUCUUAUUUGGGCUUGCCUACGUUGGAGGGGCGAGCAAAAUAUCAUUCAUUUGCCUUCCUUAAGGAUAGAGUAUGGAAAAAGCUCCAAGGGUGGAAGGGUAAGAUGCUCUCUAAAGUUGGAAAAGAGGUGUUGAUAAAGGCAGUGGCUCAAUAUAUACCCAUGUACUCCAUGGGGGUAUUUCAAUUACCCAAGAAGCUUUGUGAGGAACUUGGUGCAAUGUGCACGAAAUUCUAG